GGUGGGGACGCUGUUUCCAUUAGGACGUUGCUGAAACACAAGCUGGGGUCAGACGUUGCUUGUGGUCCCACGAUUAUGUCCCAGCCUCCUGGGGCGAGACCCCUGCCAUGGUAACCAGCGCUGGAGGGAAUUCAGAGAAGAUAUUGCUGAUGCCCAGGACAAAGGUACAGAGGCUGAGGUACUGAGUUUAAUAAUUCCCAGUUGGAAGGGAAGAGAACUUGGACUCUAUCCAACAUCUGUUGGACUUUAAGCUUGAUCCUCGCACAGAAACUGCAAUCUGGGGAGAGGAAAGCCAGUGGCCCCCUGAGCAGCUGAGUUUGCCUGAGGGGAACUGGGGCGUAGAGCCCCGGAGUCCUAGCAGCCGCCUUGCCUCCUGCGUUUCUCCUGGACGGUCCUGUGGGUGCCCUGCGUGCAGACCAGGUGCCCAGCCUGGUGCCCCGCACGUCUCCUCCUUCUGCCCCUGGAAGAGCCUGAGCCUCACUGGCGACCCGCGGCCGCCCUGCAAGCCCAUCAUGCUGACAGAAGACAUGAAGCUCUGGCACGGCUUAGUGAUUGCAGUGGUGUCCCUCAUCCUACAGGCCUGCCUCUUCGCAGCCAUCGGCUACCUGCUCAGCAGGCACAUGGCCAAGGAGAGUGAGCGGCUACUGAAAGGGGCCAGGCUUCAGGCCCCAAACCCCAGCCCUGCCCACCAUCAGCUACUUCCUGCCAAGGAGAAGACUCCCAGCACCUCUGUGUCUGAGCCCCGUUAUAGGCACGGGCUCUGUAUUUCUCUUCCCCACUUGGCUUUGCGAGGCUGGCUCUGCCUGUCUUUGUUUCCUUCUUCCUUCCAUUGUGUCCAUCCCCUCCUAACACCCCCUGGCUCUCCUUGGAAGAACAGUUUCUAUUUCUCCCUAGACGACAGCGACACAUCCUCAGGUAGCUCUGACAGCUCGGACAGCUCAGGCAGCUCGCCUCCAGCCUGCCAGGCCAUGAAGAAUAUGAAUUACGCACAAGUGGUCUUUUCUGUCACCAAAGAACUAAAAAAUGAAUCUUCCCUGGACUAUGAAAACAUCAAGGAAACCACAGAUUAUGUGAACGUCAAUCCAAAAAGCCACAAACCCAAUUUCUGGACUUUCGCAAAGCCUGCUGACUCUGAGCCGGUGGAGUACACACAGGUGGCCCUGUGAGGUCUAGGUCUUUAAGGGGGUGCUGUUCUCCAGAAAUUCUUGCACUCACCUUGUAGGGGAAUGACUUUUUUUAUCUCACUCAGCAAGAAAGAGUCAGAUCAGCUAUCAGGAAGAACUUCCAUGAUCAGUAUGAACGAGGGGAGAUAUCAGUAGAGAAAGCAGGAACGUCUUUCUCCAUAGAAAAUUGUGAAAAAAAAUUUUUAAUCAACUGUAGUGGAGUUCUGUUUGGCAAUCUUACCAUUAAAUGACUCUUGGAGCUCUUUAAUGUUUGGCAACGAGCAACUUCCUUAAAAGUUUUAAAUAAAAUGGCAACCCCAUGUCUUGGUUUCCUCUUGCCCAACCCGGCAUGCUGCCUCCUUCCAGAGCUGCAUCUUGCUGAGUCGUGCUGUCCUACCCUCAGCACUUUAAGUAGCACUUUAAGUAAGCUUAGAAAGCUCCCCAUCAUUCAACCUUUGAAUUCCCCGUUUCUUAGGAACGAAAGCUGACAGGGCCCUGGUAAAUACCAACUAGCAGCCCAAUCUGUAAUUCCAGGGGACAAAAAAAAUCUCCCCCAAUUCAACCCAAUAAAGUGC